GAGCCUGGUCUUAUAUUUCAGGAAGAUAACGCGGGAAUCCACAGGUCGGAUGCCGCAGAAUUGUGGUUUGAAACGUAUGGUAUACACGUUCUGGAAUGGCCACCGCAUUCGCCGGGCCACAACCCAAUUGAGUCAGUUUGGGCUUUAUUAAACGCGAAUUAUUCGGACGAUACCCAACAUUAG